AUGGCUUCGCUCUCCACAAACAUGGCCGACCACGACGAGAUGGUCAGAAAGAUCGAGCUCUCAGUGGAGCUCAAGUUCGCGAAGAGAGUCGCUGUUUUGGUGAAAAGACUUGAAAAACACUACAAAUCUCGCAAUGAACAAUUCGAAAUACUCGACACCAUUAUCACAGGUGUUGCCUUCGACGCUGAGGAGGACACACUCGGCGAGGGUGGUCCUAUCACCACGAUUCUGAACGCUGCUCACUGCAUCAACGACGCGGACAACAAGUUUAUCGAGCAGACUAUUGCCAACCUCAAGAAUGAGCUUCCUGGUGAGGCUCAUAUUCACAAGAUCCAAAGUGAGCUGAGCGCCAUCAGUGAGCGAGACAAGGCCAUCGACAAAUUAUUCGAAGAAUCUGAAGAUGAGGAAGCCACAAAGGACGAGGAGAUUAUCAAGGAAGAAAAGAAGGAGGAGACCAUUAAGUGA